AUGCAUAAGAAAUGCAUGACAAGCUAUGCAGUCCUCUGCGAACCUUUGCACUAUUCUCAAUUGAUGAGUAAGGAGGUGCGAGUCCCUCUGGCUACAGCUUCAUGGAUCUUGGGCAUGGUUGAUUCUGCCAUUCACACUGCCCUGGCCACCGAUUUGGUCUUCUGUGGAGCCAAUGAGAUCCAUCACAUCUCCUGUGAUGUCCCCCCACUCUUGAAAAUUGCUUGCAGUGACACAUAUGUCAAUGAGAUGGCUCUUCACACAGCAAGUGCCUUUGUGGGUCUGAGCCCUUUCCUCCUUGUUGUCAUUUCCUACAUCUACAUCUUAUCUACAAUUCUGGAGAUCCGUUCUAGCACUGGAAGGAGAAAGACCUUCUCCACCUGUGCUGCCCACUUGAUUACGGUCAUUGUCUACUUUGGGAUGGCCGACUUGAAUUACAACCGUCCCAGUGUGCGAUAUUCCUUGGGGGUGGACACCCUAAUUUUGACCGUGUAUUGUAUCAUCACCCCCAUGCUGAACCCCCUAAUCUACAGCCUCCAAAACAAGGCGGUCAAAGGGGCCCUACAGAUGACAAUUGCCACACUUCCACCUGUCAAGAGCAAGAAACCAGGAGCUGGAAUAAAGUUCAAAAGAGGUUAUCAAAACCUGGUUCUGCUGGUGGGCUUGGAGCCCAAAGGAGGGGCACUCACCAAUGGAGGUGGUUGA